AUGUCAAAUACUUAUUUAAAUAGUGCUGGAGAUAUAUCUAAAAAAAAUGUUUCAUCUUUAAAAGAUGCAUAUGGAGAAUUAACAGCAUUAUUUUUAGAAUCACAAGAAGCAUAUUAUAGUGAAUGGGAUAGAGCUGAAACACCACAGAAUAUAUGGUCUAAAGUCCAAUCAUUAAAAGAAAAUUUUUUAUUUCUAUUACUUUUAAAUGGGUUAGAUUUUGAAGAAUAUGCCAAAAAUAAAGAUAUUGACUGGUCAAAAUUAAAUGAAAUGAUGACUUGUGCAGAAUUAACAAGAGAAUACCCAGUAACAUUACCUGAUAUGAGUGAAAUUUAUAAUUUGACAAAUAAUUUUUCACCAAAAUGGGGUAAUAAUACUUGUAAAAAAUAUAAUAAAAAGAUAGUUUCUAAUGUGAAUAAUAUAGAGAAUCAAGAUAAUAUAACAAAAUCUAAUAAAUUUGAAAUGGAUACUAAACAAUGGAAAUAUAUUUGUUAUGAAACAAUUUUAUUAUGUUGUUAUUUAAUAAAAUAUAAGAUAGAUGAAUUAAGAUAUUAUAGGAAUAAAAUAGAAGAGGAGAAGAUAAAGAAAGAUAUUAUAGAGAGAAGUUGUACAAGAAGUAAUUCAAAUAUUAUUAGAAGAAAUAUUGGUACAAUACGAGAUAAUGAAAAUGAAGCAGUAAAUUUUAAAAAAAUAAGAUCAAAAUCACGAAUAAAUCAGAAUUAUUACUUAAUAACAAAAAAAUAUAAUGAAUUUAAUGAUAUGUAUAAAGCUUUAUUAAUAUUUUUAGAUUUAGCUAGAACAAGAUUUGAAAUAAAUCAAGAUAUACAUAAUUUAUUGGAAAGAUUUACAAUAGAAAGUGAUUGUUAUAAUAUGGGUUCACAUAUUAUGAUAAAUCCAUUAGAUAUAAGAUUCAGAAUUUCUUUAUUAAUAGGAAGUUGGAAUAUAGGCGAUUGUGAAGAAACAAAAAUAUGUACUUGGAAUAAUGGUAAAUUAAGAAUACGUCCUGGGGGAGCUCCUAGAAUUCGUCCAUUAUCUGGUGAAUCUAAAAGAAUGAUAGAUAAUGAAGAAUUUAAGAAUUGGUUAUUUAGACAGAUCAAUUUAAUUUAUUCAAAUGUAGCUUUUAAAUUACAAAGAAUUUUGAUAUUUAUUCCACCUGGAUGGAUUCAAUAUAUUCCUAGUGAUAUUGAUUUAUUAGAUAUGGUAAAAUAUCGUGAUAAAUAUUGGACAAGUAAAAUAUAUAAUUUGAAUAAUAAUCAACAUCAUCUUCAAUUUAUGAAUUCAAAUGUAAUAAAGUAUUUGGGUACAAAUCCACAGAAGAUAUUUGAAUAUUGUUUAGAAUCUAUUUCAAUAUUAAAUAAUUUAAGGAUAAAAAUUGAGAGAGAUGAAUGGGGUGAUUUAGCAUAUUUAAAAAGUAAAAAGAAUAUAAAUAAAAGAAAUGAAAAGGUUGGUAAAGAAUUAUUGAUAAGAUUAAUGAAAUUAAUGUCAGCUAUGGAGAGAUUAGAUUUUGCUAUUAGAAGGGAUAUUGUUAAUUAUUCUAUAACAAAUAAUAAAUUAUCAUCUACUUUUCAAUUAAAUUUUGCAUCAAUUUGUACAUUAAAUAAUGAAGUAAAAGAUAAUGGAGUAAUUUAUGAGGAGUAUAGAUAUAUAUCAAAAAAAAGUAAUAAUUCUUUAGAAUCAGAUCAAAAUGAAUUAAUGAAUUAUAAUGAGAAUAUUGAUAAUAUUAGGUCUUUUAAAUCAAUUGCAAAAUUAUCAAGUUAUUGGAUGUUAGAAAUACCAAUUUUACAUGUUAUUAUAUAUAAUUUGAUGAAUAUUAAUACAAUUGAUAUAGAUCAAAAAAAUUCUAAAUCUGGAAUUGAGAAUUGUAUAAAUUUUGAAUAUAAUGACAAGAAUACAAAUAAAGGAGAAUUAAAUAAAGAUUUAAAUGAAAAUGAUUUAACUAGAUACGAUGGUAUUCAUUUAUACUCACCUUUUAUAACUCGUUGUGUAUUAUUUAUAUCAUAUUUAUUACAAAAUGGAACAAUUGGUGAUGAUUUAGAUAUUGAAUAUUUAAAUUCAUUAUAUUCAGGAUUAUCUUAUACUAAUAAUGAAAUUGAUAGUGAAAAUAUUUCUACUAAAGUAAAUUAUUUAACAAAAACAGGAGUGAUGCCAAUAAGUAUAGAUACAUAUGCAUUAUAUUGUGCAUCAAACAUAUGGAAUAAUUAUUAUAAUAGUAAUUAUAAUAAAUUAAAUGGAAGAUUUAUAAAGAAGGAUUUUAAUCAAGGGUUAAAUAAUGGUAUAGCUACAUCAGGACAUAGUAAUAAUAAUUUAAAAAGAAUAUUUCAAGUUAUAAGAUUAUUAUUAACUAAUUUUACAAAAUUUUUAGAAUAUCCUACAAUUGAAGGGGUAUUAUUAGAAUGUAAACCUUUAUUAGAAGCUAGUCCAUUAUUAUCACUACAGAUGCCACAAUUGGAUUUACCAUUUCAUGUACCACAACAAAAUUUAAUAACAAGUAAACAAUUAUCAAGAUCAAGUUCACAUAUAUUAAAAAUGAAUAAUCAACCUUUAAAUAGUACUGUAACAUCAGUAAUAUCAAUGAAUAGUUUUUCUAUGAGUGAAUAUUCAUAUUCAAAUUUAGGAUUUUCUGGUGAGAAAAUAAAAAGUGAAUCUCUAUUAGAAUCUCAAAUUGAUUGUAACAAUUUAAAUAUAUCUGGAACUACUAAUGAAGAUAUAAUUAAUAAAUUUUGUCAACAAAAAAAUAGUUGCUAUAUUAUAGAAAAGUCAACAUUUUGGAAUAUGUAUUUAAGUCGUAUAAAAAGAACUGAUACUAUUAAUUUACUUUGGAAAGAUAAAGAUUGGCUUGUUUCAUAUGAUGAAUUAUCUAAUACAAAUAUUGAUUUACAAGAUUUAUGGAAAAUAUUUGGAAUUUCUUUAUCAAGUUCUUCACGUUAUGAAAGAUUAUAUACUGAUAUAAUAAUGAGACGUUUAUAUACUCUUAAAUUUCGUAUUGAAUUGCUUGAGUGUUGUCAAGAUUUCUUUAUUUUGGGUAAUUCUAAUAUUUUAAAAGAGUUACUUUAUAUUAUAAGAAAACUUAAUACAUAUAUAAUAUUAAAUAAUAUUAAUCCAAAAAAAGAAUUAAGUGAUAAUAAGAUGUCUCAGUUAUAUAAUAAAAUAAAAUUAUCCAAUAAUAAUAAGAAGAUAUAUGGGAUAGAAUCUGGUUUAGUAGGAUUAAAUUCAUUUUCAUCUUAUAAAACAUAUUGGAAUUUAUACUGUAGUUUUUGCGUUUCAAAGUCAAAUGAAUUAAUGAUACAGAAAUUAUUUGAUAUUCCAAUGCAGAUGUUAAAAUUACCAGCUACACAUAGAAAUGAGCUUAAAUUAAGGAUUAAUAAGAAUAACUCAGAAAUUGAAGAAGAAGAGCGUAUAAGAUUAGAGAAAUUAGCAAAGGAAGAGAUACAAAGUUGUAUAGAUACAUUUAUAUCAUCAUUUAAAUAUUUAGAUGAUAUAUAUAUACUUGAAACAAUUACUUGCUGGAGUAAAGUAUGGCUAGAUUACGGUAAUAUUUCUGUUAAAGAUUAUGUUAAAGUUAUUAUUGAAAAAUUAUUAAUUUAUAUUCCAAAUUAUAUUGAAGAACUGAUAAAAACAGAAUAUUGGGACUUAAAUAUAAUUCCAUCUAAGCAAUUUCAAGAAUUUUUGUCAUAUCUAUUUAUUAUUGAUAAAUAUAUAUAUAUACUUAAGAACUGGCUAGAAUUCAAUUUAGGUGCUGAUAUUUUAUUCCAAGAUUUACAAUAUAUUAAUAAGGAUAAUAUUUUUAAAAAAUUUGGAAUUGAACCUUCAUAUUAUAUAAGAAAAGACUCAGUAGCUGAUAAAGAUGAAGCUUUUAAUCAUUUAAAUCAAAUAAAUUAUAUGAAUUUUUCAUUAAAUAAUACUAACGAGAAUGUAUCUACUACUAUAAAAAAUUUUAAUAAAAUUCCAUUGACAAGUAAUAAUUUAAAAUACUCUCAUUUUUUAUCUAUUUUUAUAACUCCUAGUUUAAUUGAAAUGAUUCAAUCUAAAUUAAGUAUUUUAUUAUCUUUAAUACAACAGGCUGGAAAUAAUAAUAAAGAUUCAUUGUCUACUUCACUUUGGGUAUCUGGAAUUAACAUCCCUAGUAUAUAUAUGUCUCCUAUUAUUAUAGAUAUUGGUACUAUAAUAAAUACUGGAAUAGAUUCUAUACUUGAAUGGGUUAAAUUACCAAUAGAGGACUCAUCAAUGAUAUUAUUAUCACCAAUAUUAUCAUUUUUUAGAGAUGCAUCUAAUUUUGUGAUAAAGUCUUUAAUUGAACAAAAUCAAUACUUAGAAUUAUCUGAUAUUAAAGAUUAUUCAAUUGAGAAUUUACAUUAUUUAAGCUCUAAUUAUAAAGUUGGUAACUAUUCAUUUAAUAAUAAACAUUUUUCGGAGAGAAGAAAGUUGAGAAUAGAAUAUUACAAUGAGAAAUAUACUUUAAAUAAUAAUAAUAAUGACAAUGAUAAUAAUAAUAUUAUGAGUCCUAAAAGUAUAGAUGAUUUAGAAAUUAAUGAUUUAAAAAAUACUGCGUUAGGAUCUUCUCUUGCAAUGAAAUUCAAUAAAAAUGGAUUACUCUAUCAAUUAUUGUUGAAUUGUAUAAAGUUAUCAACUUCUGGAAGAAAUUUAGAUAGUAAUCUCAUUUCUUCUAAUAUAUAUUCUUUAUCACCUAAACAAUCAACAUAUAAUAAUGGAUUCAAAGUUCAAUUUGUAAUUUCAAUCAGAGUACUAGUAUCUUUACAUACACUCUUUUUUUUUAAAAAUUUGUUAAUUGAUACAUCUCAAAAAGUUAGAAAUAUCUUUUUUAAUAAAACUAAUAUACUGAACUUAUCAAAUUUAAUAAAUACAAAUUUCAUUGAGAAUAUCCGGAAAAUUUUAGAGUAUUUACGUCAGUAUGGUGCUAUGGAUAUAGAUGAAAAUAAAAUUUUGUCAUCUAAUAAUGAAGAUUUAAAUACAUUAAUUUUAACUGGAAUAGAUAAUGAUAUUUCAAAUAUUUAUGAGUAUUCAAAUGAAGAACAAAAAAAAAGUGAAAGUGAGAAUAUAUCUUUGAACUUAAGUGGAUCCAACGAAAAUAUUGAAUCUAAGAAGUCACCAUCUAUAGCUAAUAAAAAAAAUUCAAAUCCAAGUGACCUUGAAUCUAUGCUUAAUAAUAUUAUUAAUGAAUGUGUAUCAAAUAUAGACAAGUUAGCAUUUGAAAUAUUUGAUCUAUUUAGUAUAAGUGUUUUGUAUGGACAAAUGGCAACUGAGAUCUUUUUAGAUACUUAUUCUGAAUAUCCAAAUAUAGCAGGAAAUAGCGUGUCAGCAUGUAUAGAUAAUACAACAGGUCUAGAAAAUUUAAUUCCAAGGAUUAAAAGAGAAUUCGAUUCUUUUGUAGCAGAAUGUCCAAAUAAUGAUGAAUGGAAAAAGAAAUUUAAUUCUAUUUGGCUCAAUAACCUAUAUUUAUCUUGGUUGAUACAUAUUGUGGAGUUAUCUAAACAAGGGUUAAAUUCUCGCAGGCUAACAGGAAGUGAUAUAUUAUUAUUUGAAAAUGAUCUAGAAUCUUUGGAUAAUUUACGUCGGUCAUAUAGAAUUUCAGAUAUCUUUGAUAUCAACAAUGAUGAUGAAAUCUUAUAUAGUUAUAAACGAGAUUCAUCUCAAUUAUCUGAUGGGAAUUUAAAGAAUUCCUAUAUACGUCUUAAUGAUUUUAUCCUCAAAUUUCUUACAAAACUAGUAAAAAACCCCAAUAUGUUACAUGAAUAUAUAAGAGAACCUAAGAAUGAGAAAAUGAAAUCUUUAAAUUCCUCUAUUUGUUCAUUUUCAAAUGUUAAAAAAGUAUCUGUAAUUAAAGCGAAAACGGCUGUUAAUGUGGCUGACCGUGUUGUAUCAAAUAUAGUAAAAGGUACAACUCCAACAAGGAUUAAAAAUUUAAUAUCCCAGUCUAUAUACGGAAGAUAA